AUGGGAGGGUUUGAUAAAGUCGGAGUGAAAUCCGAGGAUCGGCCGGAAGUCGUAUCUAUCUUCUCCAUGAAUGUUUGUGUUCGGGAAGGCGGUUGCGCACUGGUUGAAGAGGAACAGGCUUUCGAGGUUGACCUCACCUGUGUUUGGCUCUCUCCGCACGCCUGCUCCCGUCGAACCAACUGCUCGUUCGGGUCUGCACUCUUUAAGCCCCCAGGGUGACUGACUGGCUUGGAUAUGUUUCGUCCCGUUUGAAAUUAAGCUGGAUGUUUGCGAUUCUGUUGAGUAAAUGGCUGGGUCGACGGACUCAGAAUGCCGAACCAGAAGGGUCGGGCAUGGCCGGGUCUCUCUACAACACCCCGCCGUCUUCUCCAGAGCCCCCAGACCGCGCGAAACUCUCGCUUACAAAUUCCCUGUCGUCGAAUGAUUUUUUCGACGCCAAGACGGUCUCCAUCGAAGAAGAGGCGUCGACUCAUGACUCAGCUCUCCUACCCACUUUAAAUACAUCUGACGCCACCUUCUCCUUUGACUCCAAUGACCUGCUCGCUUCGCUCGUUUCGGACUGUUCCGUCACAUCGGAGUUCCUGAAACAGGAAGAUCUCAGCCUAUCCGCCAUUGAAAUGACACCGACGCUGCAUCUCUAUGUGAGCGCCUUCAUCCAAGAUAUUAUCCAUCCGCAUUACGAUCUCCUCGAAAUGGUUCGAGACGACCAGGUCGUUUUCGAUGUUUUGAAUUCAAUCUGUGAGAGGGUCGAGAUAGAACAAGUGGAUAAAACGGACUCAAGUCAAGAGGAUGAAGCCGAUAAAGAGCCGAGUCAGGCUUCUUCCAUUAAAAUGGAGCCGGGCAGAAGUCAGGAGAGUACGGGGGAGGUUUCCUCGAUGGAAAGUAGUGAUGAUGAAGGGAAUAUCAGUGAAAGUGAUAGUGAUUCUAGUGAAACUGAGUCUUCGGAAUCUGAAUCUGUGAUCUCUAACCGGUGAGGAAUCGUAUGAGCAAAGUGUUAUGAGGAAUCCUUUUUAUGUAUUUUAUAUCUCAUAUUUUUAGGGAAAAUGCGAACGGUGUCUCCAAAAAGGGUCAGAAGAAGCGUCAUUCAUCCGGUGGAGCUGUAGACCGAUCUGCAUCUCCAGUCCGACAACUUGAACACGAGCUUAACAGAAUUGAUCAGGAUGGAAAUUACAUUCCCGAAGAUGCUUAUAAUAGUUACCAAGACGAUCUUUCGAGCUUGGAAGAUCCUCCAUCUCCAGCUGGAAGUGAAUCGCCCCUUCCUUACGAUGACCAGGCAUUGGUUGAUGUAAAUUUUUUAUUUAUUUGAAUUAUUUGCGGUUUAGGACCCGGCGAAUGGAGAUGCCCCUGAAGAACAAGAGGACCCUCGUGACUACUGUCCCGGUGGUUAUUACCCAGUUCAAAUGGGAGAGGUCUUUAACGGCCGAUAUCACGUGAUCAGAAAAGUUGGCUGGGGUCAUUUCUCAACUGUCUGGCUAUGUUGGGACACUCAAUCAAAGAGAUUUGUCGCUUUGAAGAUUGUAAAAUCAGCUGAGAACUACGCUGUUUCUGCUGCGGAUGAGAUUACAGUAGGUUGUUUUUAUUCUGUAUUUUCCCCUUAUUUAUUUUUGCAGAUAUUGAGCGAAUGUAUGGACAAGGGUCCCCAUCCUGGCAAAAGCCGCAUCAUCGAGUUUCUGGAUAGUUUUAAAGUAUCGGGAGUGAAUGGAGAGCACACUUGCAUGGUGUUUGAGGUGCUCGGAUGCACUCUUCUCAAGCUCAUCAUCAGAACUAAUUACUCAGGUCUUAUGCUGAAUCAUGUUCGCAUCAUUAUCAAACAGAUCUUGGAAGGACUUUCGUAUCUUCACGACGAAUGUAACAUUAUUCACACAGAUCUGAAGCCUGAGAAUGUUUUGGUUGAAAUGACUCAUUCUGAGAUCAGGAAGAUGGCUAGUGACACCAUCAUGCGGUUGAAUUGUGGCCUUAAACCCGAUAUUACAGAGACUUGUAACAUGUAUAAGGUGAGGAAAUUAGUUGCUCUAAAAUGAUUAUUUAUUUAGCCCGAUGAGAAGAAGAUGUCUAAGAACAAGAAGAAAAAGUUGAGAAAACGUAAGAAGAAGCAACGGGAGGUGCUUGAAAAACAGCUUUAUGAAGUAGAAGGCCUAAACAUCUCCAUCACUGAUGAUCAAGGAGACAUGGAGGCGUCUCAGACCGAAGUUUUGGAAUCUUCAGCCAUCCCUGACUAUCUUUUGAAUGAUUCCAUGCCUUCUAUACCUCGAGUGACAACACUUAAUCUCCCAAAUACGGAUAAUUGUGAGAAUUCAAAUGAUAAGUCAGGAAAGAAGAAGAAGGUAAGUAGUUUGUAUAUUGGUUUAUAUCCGUUUAGAAGAAUAAGAAGAACGGGAAAGUAAAGGAAGAAGAAUCAGAGACAGAGGAGCUCCAAAAGAAUGGAAAGUAUCAUCAUGCGCUAUCUCAUCUUAUGGGAACUUCGCCAUUUAAUUCACCGAGAACGGAAGAACCUGAGGAAGCCAUCGGAGAGGAGCCUCCGCUGAAAGUCAAGAUUGCUGAUCUUGGUAAUGCAUGCUGGACGGUAGGUAUUUUUUGUUUUGUGAUGUGAUAUAUCUUCUUUUCUUAUCGUACUUUUUGAAGACUCAACAUUUCACGUCGGAGAUUCAAACACGGCAGUACCGCGCAUUGGAGGUCAUCAUCGGAGCCGGUUAUGACACAAGUGCUGACAUUUGGAGUGUGGCUUGUAUUGCUUUUGAAUUGGCCACUGGAGAUUAUCUAUUUGAACCUCAUGGAGGGCAGACAUAUGGAAGAGAUGAGGAUCAUCUUGCUCAUGUCAUCGAACUUCUGGGAAUGAUUCCGCCUUCUAUAUUCAAGAAAGGAAAAUAUUGGCAGCAAUAUUUCAACAAGGUGAGUUAUGAAAUGAUGUUUUUAUUAUAUCAUUGCAGCUCGGAGGUCUUCUUCACAUUCCUAAUCUCCGACCUUGGUCCCUACAUGAUGUCCUGGUUGAAAAGUAUCAAUGGCCAGAACAUCAUGCCCGGGGCUUUGCCGAUUUUUUGGUACCGAUGUUAGAAUUUGAUCCAGAAAAAAGAAUUAGCGCAACCGAAGCCCUGAAGCAUCCCUGGAUUAACACCCCGAUCUCAGAAGACCCUUCCAACUCUACUUAUUAUGUUCCCCAAGAAAAUUUUUCGCCUCCCAUGCCCCGAAAAUACUCAAUCUAA